AUGAGGCCUUCUUCUUCUUCUUCCUCGUCAUCCUCUUCGUUGACGGUGUCGUCGCUGGGAGUGGCGGUGGACAAGGCCACGAGCGAGCUUCUCCUCACUCCUGAUUGGACGAUUAUCAUCGCAAUCUGCGAUUCCGUCAAUUCGAAUCGCUGGCAAUGCAAAGACGCGAUGAAAGCUGUAAAGAGAAGAUUACAGCACAAGAGCUCUAGAGUUCAGUUACUCACUCUAACGUUGUUGGAGGCAAUGCUGAAAAACUGUGGGGAGUUUUUGCAUUCGCAUAUCGCUGAGAAACACGUCCUUGAAGAUCUGGUUAAAAUUGUCAGGAAGAAGGGUGAUUUCGAAGUAAGGAACAGAAUCUUGAUAUUGUUGGAUACUUGGAAUGAAGCCUUCAGUGGGGUUGCUCGCAAAUACCCUCAUUACAAGUGGGCAUGCCAAGAGCUUCAACGGUGUGGGGUGAAAUUCCCACAACGUUCAAAAGAAGCCCCACUCAUGCUUCCUCCUCCUCCUUCAAUCUCCAUCGGUUCUUCUCGAAGGCUCGACGAAACUAUGGCAGCUGAAAUUGAGUCUCUAAGCUUAUCAAGUCUUGAAUCCAUGAGAAAUGUGAUGGAUCUCGUGAAUGACAUGGUUCAAGCCGUGGAUCCGUCUGACAAAUCAGCCCUAAAAGACGAGCUCAUAGUUGAUCUAGUAGAGCAGUGCAGAUCUAACCAGAAGAAACUCAUCCAGAUGCUCACAACAACUGCGUCUGUCCCCACUCCUCCUUCCUUGACCAUUCAUCUCAGGGCAACAACUAACACAUCUCUUCUUCUUCUUCUUCUUCUUCUUGUCAGGGACGAGGAUGUCAUGGCACGUGGCCUCGAGCUCAAUGACUCUUUGCAGGUAGUGCUCGCCAGGCACGACGCUAUUGCCUCUGGUGUCUCUCUUCCCAUGUUGCAGCAGCCCCCGAAAGCAAAAGAAACUGGUGAUGCUGCUGCUCUUGUCUCUGAGCCUUUUUCUUCAUCGUCGAGCAGUGAAAGUGAUACAGAUGAGGGGGAGCAAGUUGAAAAUGACUUUAUGCAUUUAGCCAAAAGGCACGCUCUAUUGAACGCCCAACACAGCGAUGAAGAAGAGGAAACAUUGCUUCUAGGCCACAGCAACGAAAAGACAGCAGAAACAGAGGCCAAGACAGAGUGCAAAGAUGUCGUAGCUUCUUUAUUCGAGACCACCGCAACAACAACAACAACAACAACAAAGUCAGAGCAGGACAUUAUUGAACUUCUCAGCCUCACUCUGUCAACAACAGCUUUGCCCUCUCCACAAACGCAGUCUCCAUCAAGCAAAACGCUUUUCGCAGAUGAUCAUAUUCUUGUGAACAGCUACGUAGUGCCCUGGGCCCAACAAUCUCAGGAAGAACCGCAAGUGGCUCCUCCACCGGGACCUCAGUUUCAGGCGCAGCAGCAGUUUUCAUACGGUUAUCCUCAGCCACAAUGUAACGGUGGUCAAGCAAACAGUACGUUUUGGAGCCAAGGAGGCAGUGUUGAGAGAAACUUGCACUACUCAAACUCCUUCCCAGCUAGAGCGGCGGGACCAUCCAGGCCUGCCGUGGACGGGCAGCCGCAGAGGCCGCCCUAUGUUCCUCCCUACAAAUUGUUUGAAGAUCUGAAUGUCUUCUGGAGCGACGGAGAUGGAGGCGUUCGGAGUAGCAAAUGA